UCUCUCAAAAACGCUUGAAUUCGCAAACUUCAAAUAUUCAAAAGCCAUUGGAUGGAAUUCGUGUUUUAGAAUUAGGACAGUUAAUUGCUGGUCCAUUCUGUGGAACAAUUCUUGGCUAUUAUGGUGCGGAAGUGAUCAAAGUUGAACCACCAGGAACAGGUGAUCCGAUCCGUAUUUGGCGAAGAGUAGAUAUGGAUGGUGUUAGUCCAUGGUUUCGCUCAAUGGGCAGAAAUAAAAAGUCAUGUGAGAUAAAUUUGCGAACAGAAGGUGGAAGAAAACUCGUUCGUCAAUUGGCUGACAAAUGUGAUGUAUUAAUUGAAAAUUUCCGUCCUGGUACGAUGGAAAAAUGGGGGCUUGGACCUGAUGAACUUUAUAAGACCAAUCCUUCGUUAAUAUACACACGCGUUUCCGGGUUUGGACAAACAGGGCCUUAUGUAUCAAAACCAGGCUUCGCGUCAGUGUGCGAGGCAAUGGCAGGGUUUCGAUAUAUAAAUGGGUUUCCAAAUAUGCCACCAGUUCGCCAAAAUCUAUCCUUGGGAGAUUCUGUAACUGGACUAACCGCAGCAUUUGGAACUGUCAUGGGACUUUUAGUUAGGAAUAAAAUUACUUCAAGUGCUAAAACUGGUCAAGUGAUUGAUGUAGCCAUUUAUGAAAGUAUGUUUAAUAUGAUGGAAGACAUUGUGCCCGCAUAUGAUAGAUAUGGAGAAAUAAGGCAACCUUCCGGUACUACUGUAACCGGUAUUGUGCCUACAAAUGCAUAUCCAUGUUCGGAUUCUAAAUAUGUAAUCAUUGGUGGAAAUGGAGAUGCGAUAUACAAACGAUUGAUGCAAGUUGCUGGGAGGGAAGAUCUCACCACUGCAGAGUAUGAAACCAACAAAGAACGUGUUCAGCAUCAAGAAACGAUCGACAAUGCUAUUUCAGAUUGGACGCGUACUUGCACUUCUAAAGAAGUGAUAGAAAAAUUAGAGAAAGCUGAUGUACCAUGCGGUCAUAUAUAUAAUGUUAAGGACAUUGUUGAAGAUGAGCAUGUUCAGGAACGUGGUUUACUUGAAACAGUUCAUGUUGCUAGCAAGGAUAGUGAAGGAUGGAAUUUAAAGAUUCCUGCAAUAUCUCCAAAACUAACAUCUACACCCGGUGAAACAAUAUGGGCUGGCCCAGAUUUGGGUCAACAUAAUCGAGAAAUUCUAUUUGAUAUAUUAGAAUUGCCUGAAGAUGAUAUUAAAAAAUUGCAGAAAGAAGGAAUCGUUGGCAAGACAUUAUAA